AUGAAGCACCUGCUUUACGCACCAGCACCAACCCACUCAAUCAAGAUGAUCUCCCCAAUCAACGAGCGUGCCAGCCCCGUCACCGGUGGCGUGUGCCUUAUCCAGCGGGCCUCCCCAGUCACCGGAGGUGUCUGCGCCAUCCAGCGUGCCUCGCCCGUCACCGGCGGUGUGUGCACCAUCCAACGCGCCAGCCCUGUCACCGGCGGCGUGUGCGUCCUCCAGCGUGCCUCCCCAGUUACCGGCGGUGUCUGCACCGUCCAGCGUGCUUCCCCCGUGACCGGUGGCGUGUGCGCCAUCCAGUUCAGCAACUAA